UUCUCAUGCCUUGACUUAAUGUCAGGAUUCCAUCAAAUUGAACUAGAAAAAAGUUCCAGAGAUAUAACGUCUUUUUCAACCAGCAACGGCUCAUAUCGCUUUACACUAUUACCUUUUGGAUUAAAAAUAGCUCCUAACUCAUUUCUACUCCUAACUCGCGUUCAUCUGUUCACAGUUAUCCAACUAGCCUGUCUCAUUAUCCUCUGGCUGAUCAAGUCCUUCUCGCAGUCCUUAAUCCUGUUCCCACUGAUGUUGGUGGUGAUGAUUGGAAUAAGGAAGGCAUUGGACUUGGGAUUCACGCGGCGUGAGCUGAAGAUCUUGGACGAUAUAAUGCCGGAGAUGACGAAGAGGGCGGCGGCCGAUGAUCUCCACAAACUGGACGCUGAGGUGGGCUUAUUGGCGAGAAUGUUUCCGUUCGGAAAGGGCCGUCGGGGCCGGGUGGUGAACAAGCCCCCUGGUCCUGGUGGUGAUACGGGCAGUGCUGUGGGUCUGGGCCUCAACAAGUGCACCACAUCAAAUGCAAAUGAGAAGGAGUUCGAGGCAUAAAGCAGUCUUCUCAAGUAGAGAGCAACCACAAACAGCACACCUACACUCCUUCAAGCACAAGGGCACAACACAACUCACACAACCACAAAUAACAACACAAAAAAAAGGAAAAUCAUAGAAAAACAAAAUCCCACGGACCAGUGCUGUCUAUUUCAUUUGCGUUUGCAGUGCUGCCCAGUCCACAGCACAAAAAAGAACGAGCCAUCGUUCGAAUUCCGAUAAAAUCGCUUAUUUCGAUUUUUGGAUUAAUUUUCAUUUUGUCGGGCCUGUUACAUUUCUUCAAACUACAACUAUAGUUUAUAUAGUCCAUUUAUAUGCAUUAUUAUCUGUUAUACACGUUUUUAUCAUGUCUUUAACAGUAUUUUGUAAAUGUUUUUCUCCUUCUUUCCUCCAUUUUAAUUUAAAAUGAUCGCAUGCAGCUAUUUUGCAUUUUGAUUUUUAUAUAUACGAUUAUUUUUGAUAAACUUGUUUAUACUAUUUUCUGAUCUUAUGGUAAAACUCAAGCUUUUAGACCACUUGUAAAUGCAAAACCCACUAAACAAAAAUUAAAACAAAAGAGAAACUAUCUGUUUUUAUGUAGUGCAAGAAAAAUUAAUCAUAAUAUGUUAUCUAUGCGAACCUACUCUAAAAACUACUCUUACCCUCUAUAUAUAUAUAAUAUGAUAUUUAUAAAUGUAAAUGAAACCCUAGCCUAAGUCAUAAUUAGUCAAGCGUUUACACUGUACAACAAGUACCUUAAUGUAUUAAACGGAACCAGUUAUGUUAUUUUAUAGUCA